AUGAAUAUCGAAAAUUAAUUAAGGGAAGAUUACAUUCAUGAUUUUCAUACUUUUCUUAGAAAGAAUGAAAUGGAAACUAAGUAAAAAGUUAAGGUAACUCUCAUUCCUCCACCAUGGCAACCUAACCAUCCUUUUAGAUUAUUUUGGGAUAUCCUUUCGAUGUUGUUUAUAGUAAUUCAAAUGAUGAUCAUACCUCUAAUUUUAUCCUUCGAGAUAGUUGAUGAGAGAACGUAGUUAUUCAUGGAAAUAAUGGACGAUUUCUUCCUAGUGGAUAUUCUUAUUCAAUUCAAUUGUGCUAUCUAUAUAGAUGGUAAAUUGAUAUUAAAAAGAUCAAGCAUCAUUUGCAAUUACCUCAAAUUCUGGUUUUGGUUGGAUCUAAUUAGUUCAUUGCCUUACGAUUAAUUUGUUGAAGUAAAUACAAGCAUUAUUUUAGGGGGACAAUGUGUAAAUGAUUAGAAUGUUGAGAUUCUUUAAGUUUCUUAAAGUAAUCAAAAUGGUAAAAGCCUUUAAAUUGAAGCUCUUGCUCAGAAGAUUGGAGACAUUUCUAGGAAAUGACUUCUCUUCCUUUAUGGAAUUCAUCAAAUUAACCUUCAUAAUUGUAGUGUUGGCUCAUUGGAGUGCUUGUAUAUUUAAUUUGACAAAUCAAGACGAUUAUGAUUACUUAACAUCCUUCUAUUUCACGUAAAUGUCAAAAUAGAUUAUGUAGUAUUACGACUAUGAUCACUGUAGGUUAUGGAGAUGUUCAUCCAUAGACUGCGGAAGAAUAAAUUUAUGCUAUUUUUGCAAUGAUUUUAGCAUCAGGUGUUUUUGGAUAUGCAGCAAAUAGCAUGAUAUCUAUUUUUCAAUAUCAAGAUCCUUAAUUAUCAGAACUGAUCAUGAAACAAUAAAUCAUCAAUAAAUACACUAAAGCCCAUGGUUGCGCGGGUCAUUUAAGACUUAAAAUUCAAAAUUAUUUAGAAUGGGUAGUCGAAAAUGAUUAUGAAGUAAGAUCCUCAUUAAUUAUUUGUGACCUAUCCGAAGAAUUAAGAAACUAAGUCAUCACUCAAAUGAACCUCAGAUUCUUCAAAACACUCCCUGUCACAAUGACUAGAGCCAUCAAAUUAAACGAAUAUAGUAUCUUCUAUUUAAUAUUCUUAAGUUCUUCCACCAGAAACUAAAAUUGAUGACCAGCAUCAUAUUUUUUAUAUUAUUCGAGGUAAAGUAGCAGUCACGGCCAAUAACAUACAUCUUGGAUAUGCAGAAUAAUGUUUUGGAAUAGUUAACUUCUUUUCUAACAUUGAAAGGACUGCCGAACUCGUAACUACUGAAACUACUAAUUUAGUCAAAUUAUCUAGAUAGUAAUUCUUGCAAUAGUUGAAUUAUGAACAAUUCUAAAAAUUUCAUAUGAUAAAACAAAAAUUAGAAAGUAAUGAUUUUCUAGAUUUGGAUAUAAAAUGUUUUGGUUGCAAACGCAAAGGUCAUGUCAUUAAAUAUUGUCCAUAAUUCCAUUAUAUAUCAUAACGGUUAAGGAGACCCAAAACAAAAUUCUUAAGAAUUCGGAAUUAGAAGUAAAGAACUAUGUAUAAUUAAUUCUUAAUUGAAUAUUAUUAAAUGAUGUAAGAAAGAAAAAUUAAAUUUUAAAAAAGUGGCUCUUAAAAACAAGAGAUUCAGUAACCUAUGAAUUAGAAUGUUGAUAUUGAUCAAAUCAAAAAUUAUAUUCAUUUUGACCCUGAGUGGAAUAUAAAUGAAGUUUUAUAAGAGUAUCGCUUAAGAACAAUUUAUCGAUAUUGUUAAAGUCUAAUAAAAUAGAACUUAAAGUUCUUGAUUCGUUAGAACCAUUAAAAGUGUAAUAAUAAAAAACAAUGUCGUUUGAAGACUGAUAUCAAACAAAAGUAUAUUGAUAAAUAUAAAGAUGAAAAAAUGUAACACAAGAUAAUGGAUUGA